CACUCACUCGCUGCUACCAGGCAGGGCUGAGAGCUGAGCAGAGCAUGGUCGCGACCAACAGGGCCUCACAAGAUGGCGAGGAGCAGGCCCGUCUUGGAAAGCAGCAACAGCGUCGUAGCGACGAUACCAUUCGCAGGGCUUCGCGAGACAGUGACAGCGAUGUAGAUGACGACGAUGAGGAUCUGGCUAAGCUGACUACCUCGACGCAAGACCUCAAUGACGAUGAGGAGGGGCAAGACGCACUCGAUGAUCGCAGGCAGUACGAGAAUGGCGUCAAUGCCUCAGCAGACGAGGACAAGACCAUCUCCACCACCCCAUCUCUACGUCGCACCCGCACCUCCCGCCGUUCCCAACCCUCCGCUCUCCACCGAAUCUACUCCAUCAGCAAAGAAGCUCUCCCGACACUUCUCCUCUCUCUUGUCUCCCUCAUCUUCUCAGGCGAAGUCCUCGUCCAUCUCUCCCGCUGGCCCGUAUUCCUCAAAGUGGACAAGCUGUUCAUCCUGAUCCCUAUCCUUCUCAACUUGAAGGGCAAUCUGGAGAUGAACUUGAGUUUGAGGAUGAGCACGAGUGCGAAUAUUGGUGAACUGGACAUCAGGAGGACGAGGAGGACGCUGGUUGGGGGAAAUAUGACGCUGUUGCAGGUGCAGGCCUUGAUCGUGAGCGCUGGGGCCGGGGUGGUUGCAUUCUUACUAGGGGUUGCAGCGGAUCGCAAGGGGACUAAUAUCACCAGCAUCACUCCGGCGACCGCGUCAGGGACAGUAUCAGCGACAUCAGCACUAGCAGCAGCAGCAGCUACAACUACCGCAGGGCCAGUACUCCAACCUCGCCGCAUCAUCCACCACCACCCUAAGCCCCCGAGCGAUCCCACGAUGCGGCUACGCAACGGCUACUUCGAGUUCGUCCUCGUCCUCGCAACUGGCAUGCUCUCAGCAUCUCUCUCCUCUGCCAUCCUGGGAAACUUCAUGUGCGCCCUAGUCGUCAUUGCACGACUUUGCGGUGCCAACCCAGACAAUAUCGCCUCUCCUCUCGCUGCCAGCUUGGGGGACCUACUCACCCUCACGCUCGUAGGGCUCGUGGCGAGCAGCUUAGUCCGCUUCGAAGGCACAGGCCUAGCAACAGUCAUCUUCGUCUGCCUCGUCGGGGCCUGUUUGGUCUGCUGGCUCGUCACACGACGCAACAGCUACGUCAAGGAGCUCCUCUCCUCGGGCUGGGUGCCCCUUAUCCUGGCCAUGUUCAUCUCCUCUGGCGCUGGACUGGUGCUCGACUCGUUCGUGCAGGAGUACGAAGGCUUCGCACUUCUUGUGCCCGUGAUCACGGGCUUGCCGGGAGCCUGUGCGGCCAUCUUGGUUAGUAGGACUACGACGUGCUUGCACGCUGGGAAAGGGGAGGUCGCGCUUCGAGAGUCGAGUGGUGGGAGGCAGGGCAGUGGAGGAUUCUUUUCACUUGACGCUCGCUCCUCAACAUCACAACCGGGCUUCUGGGGCCGUGUCUAUACGACGCUCAUCACGCCCUGGCUUUCCCCUCCAAGCGAAGGUUACCUCAUCCCCUUUACCCUCCUCGCCAUCGGCCUAAUAAUCGAGGUCCUCUUCCUCGUUCUCACUUUCACCACGGGCCAGCUCACCUUCGGCUGGAGCUUCGCCCUCACCUUCUCCCUUUCCUCGCUCGGCGCUCUCGCCUUCUCCUUGGCACUGGCGCAUGUCAUGACCAUGGAGCUCUGGAAGCGGGACUAUGAUCCUGACAUCUACUGCCUGCCUUUCGUGUCCUCUAUCGUCGACGUGGUGGGACAGGCUUUGCUCGUCAUGGCGUACGCGACCGCGAAGGGAUUGGCGGGAGAUGUGGUCAAGGCGAAGGUGUGAGUAGACGAGGGGCAACUCGCAGGUCAUCCGGCUCGAGCGGGUCAAAGCAUAUUUCGAUCUUUCUUCAUGUAUUUCUAGUCAACACAAUGUCAUGACGCAGUCAACCAC